GACAGGAAGCUAUACCAGGUCUCCUGCAAAGUAAGAGCCCAAGGUGUAUCCUAAACGUAGAGUUUGAGAUAUAGAAGAGCAUCACAAAGGAAAAACUGCAUCAGCUCCACCGCAAAGGUCUUAUUGUGAUGUCGGAGCGGAAGCUGCCCGCCGGGGAUCUUACGUGUCUACAUUCUCCUGUUUGAACUAAAGACAACACGGUGAUGUCGUCAACCCAAGUUCUGUUUCUGCAGCAGUUUACACUCAAACCACUGUUGUUGUUGUUGUUGUAACGUUAGAUAACUUACUCUUUGGGUGAGCUUAGCCGUUAGCUUAGCCGCUAGCUUAGUUUGGUCUUCUGUAAAGAAGACACUGUGACGUCAGUCGGUAAACACAGUGGAGUCCAACAUGGAGGACAGGUACAUUAAACCAGGUAACCAGGAGCGCGGCUGGAACGACCCCCCUCAGUUCUCCUAUGGCCUCCAGAAGGCCCCCGGGCCACAGAGGAACCUCCUGAACAAGAGAGCUGCUGCACCGGCAGGUACAGGGACCCCACCCAUUAGACCUCCCUCCUCCAGUCCCAUGGCUCCUCCUCCUCCAAGUGAUCUUGCGGCGCCGCCCGUUCCAGGCCCAGCUCGUCCUCCUCUGGGCUGCGGUACCACGCAGAAGGGGGGGGGUCCUCCUCUCGGAGACCAGGACGGCAGCCGCUCAGAGGCCGAGCCGGACGUUGAGGGCGUGCUGUUGGUGUUGAACCGAGCGCUCGAUGCCUGCAGACCGACUGUUAAAGACCAGGUGUGUAGUGAUGUUGCAAAGAGGCUGCGCCUCCUGGAGGCCAGCUGGAGGUCAGGUACACUCAGUCUACCUGUGAGGAGACGCAUGGACACGCUCUCUUUAGAGUUACAGUGUGGUCACUGGGACGCCGCUGACGACAUCCAUCGCUCUCUGAUGGUCGAUCAUGUGACUGAAGUCAGCCAAUGGAUGGUCGGUGUCAAACGACUUAUUGCUGAGACCAGGAACCUUAAUCCAGAACCUUUAGAACCGCUUCAGAAACCUCUGGGAUCGGUCCAGGACACUCCAGCAGCAGACCAGGACCAUGGUGCCCAAGCCUAGGACUCUACAGCACCAGACCAGGACCAUGUCAGAGGUCCUGGGAGUCUCUGGACCUUUCUAAGGACCUGAAGUUCUGUAUUGUUGUUUCCACCAACUAGUGAAGGUCUCUCUUCAUAAUCAAUAAAUCUGGGCCUUCUUUGGAUGGUUUCCUUGUGCUCAUC